CUUCAACUCUUGGCCCAAAAAACCAUCACUUAGCAAAAACCGCACGAGUGAGGAGAAAGAAAGACGUGAAUGCGAUCAUUGCGAUGUGAUGCCGUAAACUAAACUAAACAACGAAACGGUGUCGUGCGGUGUUGGCGAGAGAUGGCGGGAACCUACCACAACCACCACCGCCACGUGCUGCAGCUGGUGUUGUCGUGCCGGAAAAUCACCGCUCAGGUGACGAACACGGAGACGUCGUCGAUCAUAGCGAUGGCGUCGUCUUCGGAGCAGGAAUUCGCGGCUCACUACCGCGCGCAUCUGAAUCGGUUCCCCAGAUCCCACCGCUUCUGGGACGCGAAAGUGGCCUCUCGCGUGGGGGAGAAGCUAGGGUUCCGGCUGAGGGAAAUCGGCGUGACGGCCGUUGAAAUCGAGGAGCAAUCGCGUCCGCUCCACUACCGCGUAAUGCUCUCCCCCUUGUUCCAUUCCAUCAAGCAUGCCGGCGUCCACGUUUCCGGCGUUGACCAAUUGUAACGUCGUGUGAGUUUCGAUUUUGGUGAGGAUUUUUCCAUUUUUUUGUGCCCAUUCUUCACACAAUCAAUUUAUUACUCUCAGCUAUUGCCUUCUUCUUAUUAUUUGGAUCACAUCAUAAAAUAAUUUUACCUUCUAAACUAAUUAGAUUAGAUAUUCUGAUUCAUAUUUUUUUUUACUUAUUUAUUAUAAAAUUAAAAUAAUUUAUUAUAAAUAGUGAAUUGCGGUUAAAUUACUUUUUUUUAAUGUCCCGAAUUGUUCAAAGAGAAUGGAGAUGAGUUUAUAUCGAGAACCUUUUAGGUGAUGUCAAAAGUCAAAAAAAUGGACAAUAUUUUAG